AUGACCGAGUUACUAUGCAUACCAUUCAAGCGAAGUUUAAAUAUCGACCUUAGAAAUGAAUUAUCUAAAGUUAUAGACUCAAUGUCCUACCAGACAUCAUCUUUCUUUACGUCAGACUUGGACGAAAUAUCCCUAGUGAGAGAGAAAAUGUGCGAUCUAGAGGUUUCAAAUUCCAGAUUAGAAAAUCUAAAGCAGUAUUGGUUUUACUUAUUAUGUUUGCAAAUUAAGUUCCCAGACUAUCAAAUAGAGUUCACUUGGUUUCAGACUUUGUCACCGAAGUCAUAUGCUUGUUCUCAGUACUCGUUGAUUUUCGAGAGUCUUAAUGUACUUUAUAAUAUCGGGUCUAUGUAUUCUAUAUUGGCCCUGGAUGCUAAUGAUGGUUCUGUGAGUUCACUGAAAAAACUUUGCCUAUUUUUUCAGUACAGUGCUGGGUGUUUUGAGUAUAUACUUGAUCAUCUUAACGACUCCAAGGAACCAGUUUUCGACAAAAGUACCGGCUUGGCCUUAGUAAGCAUCAUGCUAGGUCAAGCGCAAGAGUGUUUUUGGUUCAAAGCUCUAAAGGACUCGCAUAAAGAUUCAAUCUUAGCCCGAUUGGCACAGCAAGUCGUAGUCUACUACAGUCAGGCGAUAAUAUAUUCCCGGAAGAGUGAGCUUAUAAGAAGUCAUUGGAUUUCACAUUUGGAAUCGAAAAAACAUUAUUUCGAAGCAGUAGUCGAUUACAGGAGGGGGAUAUCAUUGGGCGAAAAAAGUGAAUACGGUGCAAUGGUAAAGUCAUUGUCAGCCGCCAUCGAGCGUCUGAGCAAGAGUGAAAUGCCCUCGAAACCAGAAUUCAUGAAGAAAGUAACUGCCGCGCUCAAGAAUGCGCAAAGAGAAAACGAUUUCAUAUAUUUACAGCCUGUACCGUCAAGCUUAGAAGAGGUGAAACCGGCACCAAUGGUAAAGUCGAUACCUAUAUCUGAUUUCUUGCGAACGACGGUUCGACCAGAAGAUUCUUUAUUCAAAGAUUUAUUGCCAAUAAGCUUAAUGGAAUCAUGCACUGGGUUCAAUGAAAGACAGGAGGAAUACGUCAAGCAGCAUAUUUGUCAACCUUUACAAGCGCUGAACAAACUACUCAAUAAGAAUAUCCCAAAGUUCGAAAUCUCGCAAGAAACCAAACCUGCAAGUGAACAGGAAAUGGAACAUAUCACACACGUAAUUAAAGAUCAAAAAAAGAAGAACGGUCAAGUAAAUGAUUUACUUAAUCAAGUUCAAAGCAUACUGAGGGAAGAAUAUCAAACUGACGAGGAAUUGCGGAAAAGAUUUGGCACAUUAAAUUGGGUUUUAGAGGAGUCCUCACUGGCCAAUAAACCUUUCUAUGAAAAGUUGACAAAACUAAAUGAGUAUCUUGAGCAAGGGAAAACUGUAGACAAUGAAACUGCUUCCUUAUUCGAAACGAUCGAUAGGAAACUUAUCACAGCACCAAUAAAGCUGCCCGAGAGUAAUAAUCCAGUUAUUAAAGAAGCAUUCUCGAUAAUGAGAGCCAGGGAACAAUACAUCCAGGACGUUGAGGCGAGAUCUGCUGAACAUAGAAUACUCCCCAAAAUUGUUUCUGAAUAUAAGAAAACUGGGGAAGCUAAUUUUGAACCGCUUUUCAGAUCGCACAUCAAGUUUUUCGACCAGGACAUUAAACAUGUUGCACACCAAAAAAUUCAAAAUGACAUAAUAUCAGCCAAGCUAACAAAACAGACUGCCGAAACGACCACACAGCGGCUGGAACCAUACAAUCUAUAUAUAGAAGAUUUGAAGUAUUCUCGGAACCUUUUACAAGAUGUAAAGAGCAGUAUUGAAAGUGGUAGCCAGUUCUAUGAAAACCUUUUAAAAUCAACAAAAUCAUUAUUAAUUGAAGUUCAGGAAUUUGAAAAUACUAGAAGAGACCAAAAGCGAAAGCUCGAAGAGAAGUUGAUUGUUUCAAAUCAAAAGCCUGUAUAA